AUGGCACCUCAAUCCCACGGAUCCGCUCCAAACGCGGUAAGGCUCGUAACCAUCCACACCGACGGCUCCUGCCUCGGCAACCCGGGACCGGGCGGUUACGCCGCCGUCCUCGAGUACCGGGGGCAGGAGAGAGAGAUCUCCGGCGGAUUUCGGCGCACCACCAACAACCGCAUGGAAACCCUCGCCGUAAUCGCCGGCCUUGAGGCGCUGACCGAACCCUGCUCGGUAACGGUCUAUAGCGACUCCCGCUACGUCGUCGACGCCAUCGAAAAGGGCUGGGCAGUGAAGUGGAAGGCCAACGGCUGGAUGCGCAACAAGCGUGAACGCGCCGUAAACCCAGACCUCUGGGACCGUCUGCUCACUGCCUUGGACAAGCACAGAGUUGAACUCAAGUGGGUGCGAGGCCACGCCGGCAACACCGGAAACACGCGGGCGGACAGGCUUGCGGUGGCGGCAGCAAAUGGGCAGAAUCUGCCCCGCGACGAAGCAUACGAAAAUCCGGGGAAGGAACCAUUAUGA